UUGGUGGGAGGAAGCUCUGGCUGUUCAGGUGGACUGGAGCUGAAACACCUCGGAGAAUGGAGACCAGUGGACGACUAUCGCUGGAACCUGAAGCAGACUGCAGACGGGGUGCGGCUGCUGAAUGGAUCCAGUACUUGUUCAGGUAGACUGCAGGUGAAGACUAACCCGUCUGACCAGACCUGGUCCUCAGUGUGUGAAGCAGACCUGGACCUGCAGGAUGCACAGGUGGUGUGUCGGGAGCUGGGCUGCGGGGCUCCUUCAGUCCUGCAGGGGGCGCUCUAUGGAGAUGUGCAGACUCCCAGGUGGAGCCCAGAGUUCCAGUGUGGAGGCCAUGAGUCUGCUCUGCUGGACUGUAGAAGCUCAGGCUCAGCUAGAAGCAGCUGCUCACCUGGUAAAGCUGCUGGACUCACCUGCUCAGGGUUUCCUGAAACCAGGUUGGUGGGAGAAAACAGUCGCUGUGCAGGUUCUCUGCAGAUCAGAAGCUCUGGAGUUUGGAGACCAGUAUAUAUCUAUCGGUGGUCGUUGGAGGAAGCAGCUGUUUUUUGUUCACAUCUUCACUGCGGCUCUGCCGUGUCUGCAGAUAUGACACGUUCAGUCAACUCCACACUUACAAUGAGAAUCUGGGACGGCUGCUUUCAGUCUGGAUCUGAUUUCAUGAAGUGUUCAUUUUUCUCUGAAUAUCACUCCAGCAGUAAUCUCAUCUGCUCAGACCUGCUGCUCCAUCCAGUCCUCUCCGUGUCCUCCUCCUCCUGCCAGCAGGGGGCAGACCAGCAGACCGGCAGACCGGGCGGACGCUGA